CGGGUGCUGCCUCCGCAUAACCUCGCCGGACAACCACAGCUUUAACAGCUAUUUACUCCCACUCUCCCCCUACACCACAUUUAAUCCAACCCCCAAAUUCACAAAAACCAAGAGACCAACCCUCAAGAAACCGGGCCCGUGCCCCUCUCACUACUUUGAAACCCCCAAUCUUCAACCCCAAACCGCCAAAAUGUCCACCUACGAAGUCGAACACAACACAACAGACCCAAGCACAAUAACCCCUCCAACCCACCGCCACCGCCCCGACCUCUCCACCUUCUUCGCCACCCUCUCAGAGAUCACCCCCGACGAGUCCCGCACAAGAGAACACGCCGUACCGGUCCCUCGCGACGUCAGCGCAGCCUUCUACUCCCUCGCCGAGGCCUUUGAAUGGAUGCGCCGUGAAGGUCCAGGCUCGGAACUGACCGAAGGCUCUAGCGAUGGUCUCCUCACGCAGAUGAUUCAGAGCUUACUAAGUGAGGCAGAGACGCCGCCGAGGGAGAUCGAGGGUGUUAGUGAAGAGUUCUGUGAUAUGCUGGAUCGGGUGCCGAAGGCGGCGUUGAAGAAGGAUCAGAGUUGUCCGAUUUGCGGGAAUAGCUUUUUGGAGGAUAAGUAUCCACUUGUUGUGCGGUUGCCGUGUCAUUCAACGCAUGUUUUUGAUUUGGAAUGUGUGAGGCCGUGGUUGAGGUUGAGGGGGACGUGUCCGCUUGAUCGGGUGGAUUUUGCGAAGCAGGAGAGGGCGAAGGAGGACGCUAAGAGGAGGAAGCCGGUAGAGGAUGAGGAGGAGGAGUGGGAUGGUAUGUAUGGUUGAACAAUAAAUAGGGUGUUAUUAUUAUUAUAUGUUUUGGUGUUGUUAUAUUUAGGGUGGGGUUUGGAAUGGGGGAGG